AUGACAUUUGCUCUAGUGCAGAAACCAAUGACCGUUCGACAAAGAAAGGAAUUGGAGAAAAUCGCCAGGCAGCAGGAGCGUCAGCGGAAGAAAGAACUGAAGGAACGAGAGAAGGCAGAAAGGCUAGCGAAAAGGGAGCAAGAAAAAUUAGCGCGGAUCGCCAAGAAGGAACAACUACUGCUCCAGUCCAAGGCAGCUAAGAAAGCCAAAGCAACGCUGGAUGGCGAUCAACGCGCCUGGAGUAUCGGUAGACCAAUGAAGACAACCGGUUCAUCCUCCCAACUAUUAACCACUCGUAAAAUCAAAGUUGACAGUCGAAUCGAGACCGUAAGAAGACUCAUCACUCAUGCCGAAAACGGCGAGCUGCAUAUCCACCCAUCAGGAGCUGCCCUUGAUCCAUCUGGCAACACGCGGUGGUGCGAGACGAAAGUCCAUCAAGGUGUCACUUACUUAGUCGAAGAUGAUGAACUAACCCUUCCCAGCGACCCUAAAGGUGACACGAAAGUCACUCCAGAAGGCGUCUUACUAGGCGGUCGGCAGUAUAAAAUUCCGACGUUUACUUCCAAAGAUAGGGCAAAUCACAACAAGCACUUCGUGCUGUCUAUUGAUGCUGCGAGAGCUGCAGGCUACCGAGAUUCGUUGUAUUUUUUUCGGCGGAAUCCUUUGAUUCAAAAGCUCCCUUGUACCCAGCUGGAAAAGGACGAGCUGAUAUGCGCUGGCUUUCUAUCCGGAAACCUCAAGUCACGAGCUGUGACCAUGUGUUCUGCAAGGAACGCCUUCAAAGUCAUGGGUGCACGCUUUUUAAAAGAUGGUAGACAUGUGGUUGACGACUAUUAUGAGGAUGCGGCUUUAGCCAGUGGGGCAAACUCAGGAGAAAUCGCCCUCGCCGAUGGGUCUGAGCCACAGGACAGAGCGGCGUCCAAUUCAGCCCCUGGUCAACCUGGAGAUCCCUCCGCCCUACCCGAUAUGCCGGAGAGUACGACGCGACUGCCCUGCCAAAGUGCAUUUCGCCUAGCGCUGAAUCGCGUUAACCCCUCCGCGGCUGGUUCGGCUUCUUUGGGACUCAAGACAAUAUUUGGUGGUGAUGGAAAGGCUCCUUCGAUCGCGAUCCCCAACGAUUCAAAGGAACGAAGGCGUCGGAUGGCUAGUCAUCUGACUGCGAAGAACUGGAUGAUACAUUAUUGCCGCGCUAUCAGUGAGAUGAACCGACACCUUCGUGGGAUCAGAAAUGAGCGCAUGGUGCCUUUCCCAAAGUACCCAUCAAUCGCGCGUCUGGCUGCAGAUCCCUCAACUAAUGGAGCGAUUGGGACACUAGCCAAUAAUGCAGUAGAGGAAGAGAUGGAGUGGAGAGAGGUCGAAGUCGAGAUGCGCUUGAACACUGACGGAAAGAUUAUGGAGCCUGGCGAGGAGAUGGACACGAAGGAAGAGCCGGAUGACGAUGACGACAAUAAUUCUAAUGCCGGAGGUCCGUCGGCUUCUGCGCCUGAGCCAGCUCAAGUUUUUUCCCGAAUCACCAAUCCUCUCCCACCUUCAUCGAUCAUUACCAUCUAUGGGGUGAAAAACUCAUCGACAUCUCAAGAGCAGACCAACACAGGAGAAGGCACUCCGGGACAAGGAGGGGGUGGGGCCGAUUCGUCUAGGGUGGGUGGCUCUGGCCUGCACCCAGCUCGGGCACGUUCUCCGCACAAACGACCCUUCAAAUUGCGCGGAAAGAAAUCUCAGAAUGAUUGGUGGACGACGACGACUAGAGUGCUUGAGCAAAGACCCAAGCAACCCGUUAUGGGUCUAUUAGACGUCCACACCGGUCAGCCUCACGUUCGACAGGAUACACAAUCCACGAUGGCCAUCUGGGAGACGGCGGACGAUCUUGACGAUUGGACGAGAUGUAACAAACGCCAGAAGUUAAACGGAUCGCAAAUUGAUCCUCAAGCCGGCUAUGAUCCCUCAUUGCUGGAGUCCAGGACGAUCAUGAACGGGCCUGGAAUCGGCAGACCUGGAUUAAGCUCAGUUAACGAUACUAUCUUGAUUGAAACCAUAUUCGACGAUGAAUUAACUCGACCCAAAUACGAAUUAUUGCCAGGCAUGUGGGACUUCAGGUCUAUAGAUCCUCAAGCAUGA